AAUAUAAAAUUAACCAAAAUGGUAUCUCGAAGAACGGUGGACUAUGUGGAUUUAUCUGGAAAAUUUCGACUUAAUUCUUUUGAUUAUCACAAACAGUAUUCUCAUUUUUACGCUCACCGCCUAAGGGAGAUGACAACUCUCCUCUUGAGCUGUGCAGAGGAUCAUUGGGGCAAAAAUUACUCGAUUAAAAAGCUUUGUGACUUGCGUGAGGAACAAACAGACACUUGUAUUAUUAUCGGUACAAUUUAUAAACACCAGGCCCAUAAGCCUAGUAUAUUGCGAGAGAUAUCAGAAGAAAAUCAGCUUGCUCCACAGCCACCGCGUGAACACUAUGCCGAUCUUGAAGAUAAAUUAAUCCUGGAAGAUGAAUUGCAACGAGUUCGUUUGUAUGGUAAAGUAGAUGGUAGAUAUAUGGCUUCGGGAAUAGUAUGCGCUGUUUUAGGAUCCAUUGAAGAAGACGGUCGAUUUGAUGUAGAAGAAAUGUUAUACUAUGAGUCGGGGCCGCAGAAACCUUUACCUACUUAUGGUUACAGCAGAAAGCUUGUAUUAAUAUCAGGCAUUAAUUACGGACAAUCAGUUGAUAAUAUCGAUGCUCUUAAUUUAUUUCAACAUUGGUUGUGCGGCAAUAUAUUUGGAAAGCCGAGUUCAGAUAUAGUGCGUGUAAUAAUUGCUGGGAAUUCAGUACGAGCAUCAGCAGAAGAAUGUGAAAGCACAUCUUUACAAUCUCGUAGCAUUGGUAACAAUGAAGCAGUGGAAGCGAUACAAUCAUUAGACAGUUGGUUUUGCUCUUGGUCCAAAAGCAUAACAGUUGACAUAAUGCCUGGAGAACACGAUCCGGCUAACUUUAUGCUACCUCAACAACCAUUUCAUCAAUUUAUGUUCCCGAAAGCUGCGAAGAAUGUUUCUUUCCGUGGUGUACCUAAUCCUUACGCAUGCUCUAUAGAUAAUACUCAAAUCGUUGGUUGCUCUGGACAAAAUGUACAUGACUUAAUUAGGUGUACAAUGAUCGAAAACCCCUUGGAAGCACUGCGCAGUACGUUAGUGUGGGGGCAUAUAGCACCAACAGCACCUGAUACACUGGCUUGUUAUCCUUAUGUUGAUUGUGAUCCUCUUAUCUUGCAUGAAUGUCCUCAUAUAUAUUUCACAGGAAACUGCGAUACAUUUGAAACGGGCAUACAUAACGGUUCCAAAACACAAAGAACACGAUUAAUUUGUGUUCCCAACUUUUCUAAAACUCAAAGCAUCGCCGUGGUUGAAAUGGAAACAUUAGAUUGUAAGGAAAUAAAAUUCACGGCAGAUACAGAUUAAACAAGAAUAAAAAAUAACAGUAUAUCAAUCGACGAAACCUAAUCAAUUAAUAAAAGCC